GCGCAUGCGCACUCAGUCUCGCGCCCUUUUGGAAAACAAGUGUUUUGCUUACAAUCGUCUUGACGUCGACAGAAAGCCAAAGUUAACGAAGAAACAUAAAAUAACCGUAUCGGGUGUCACUGAACAAAAAAAAAAAAGAUUGAGUGCGAAGAAGAUGUGAAAAGGAUGUUUUAAAGUGUUUGACUGCGAUGGCGGGGACUUCGAGACACGACCGAGAUAUGGCGCUGAACGCCAAGCGUCAACUGUCGGUGUGUUCUGACCCAGUAGAAAGACUGCGCCUCCAGUGUCUGGCCAGGGGUUCGGCUGGGAUCAAAGGUCUCGGCAGAGUCUUCAGGAUCAUGGACGACAACCAAAACCGCACGCUGGAUUUGAAGGAGUUCCUGAAGGGAGUCAACGACUACGGCAUCCUGAUGGACAAACAGGAAGCGGCUGCUCUCUUCCAGCAUUUCGACCGUGACGGCAGCGGGGCCAUUGACUUUGACGAGUUCCUGGUCACGCUGAGGCCCGCCAUGUCCAAGGCCCGCAAGGAGGUAGUCAUGCAGGCCUUCCGCAAAUUGGACAAGACUGGCGACGGCGUGAUCACCAUCGAAGAUCUGAGGGGGGUUUACUACGCCAAGUACCACCCCAAGUACCAGAACGGGGAAUGGACGGAGGACCAGGUCUUCAAGACAUUCCUAGAUAACUUUGAUUCUCCCUACGACAAAGACGGAAAGGUGACGCAGGAGGAGUUCAUCAACUAUUACUGUGGUGUCAGCGCCUCCAUCGAUAGCGACGUUUUCUUCAUUCUGAUGAUGAGGAACGCCUGGAAGCUUUGAGCGAACGUCAACUUAUUAAAUACCAUGAUGUUA